CAAAAUACCGGGUCGCAGAUAAUAUAAAAUAAUAAAAUGUGGAGAUGGUGGUGGUCGCCAGUGCUGUCUCACCCCGUCUUAAGGGAGAUCUCAUUUAAGAUGCCAUUGCCAGUGCUGUCUCACCCCGUCUUAAGGGAGAUCUCAUUUAAGAUGUCAUUGCCAGUGCUGUCUCACCCCGUCUUAAGGGAGAUCUCAUUUAAGAUGUCAUUGCCAGUGCUGUCUCGCCCCGUCUUAAGGGAGAUCUCAUUUAAGAUGUCAUUGCCAGUGCUGUCUCACCCCGUCUUAAGGGAGAUCUCAUUUAAGAUGUCAUUGCCAGUGCUGUCUCACCCCGUCUUAAGGGAGAUCUCAUUUAAGAUGUCAUUGCCAGUGCUGUCUCGCCCCGUCUUAAGGGAGAUCUCAUUUAAGAUGUCAUUGCCAGUGCUGUCUCACCCCGUCUUAAGGGAGAUCUCAUUUAAGAUGUCAUUGCCAGUGCUGUCUCACCCCGUCUUAAGGGAGAUCUCAUUUAAGAUGUCAUUGCCAGUGCUGUCUCGUCCCGUCUUAAGGGAGAUCUCAUUUAAGAUGUCAUUGCCAGUGCUGUCUCGCCCCGUCUUAAGGGAGAUCUCAUUUAAGAUGUCAUUGCCAGUGCUGUCUCACCCCGUCUUAAGGGAGAUCUCAUUUAAGAUGUCAUUGCCAGUGCUGUCUCGCCCCGUCUUAAGGGAGAUCUCAUUUAAGAUGUCAUUGCUAGUGCUGCCUCUUCAAUCGUAAGGGAGAUCUCAUUUAAGAUGUCAUUGCCAGUGCUGUCUCUUCAAUCGUAAGGGAGAUCUCAUUUAAGAUGUCAUUGCCAGUGCUGUCUCUUCAAUCGUAAGGGAGAUCUCAUUUAAGAUGUCAAGAAGUAACCAGUUAUCAUAUGUUAAAAGAAAUCUUAUUUCAUCAAUAGUUGGCUAUUAUUUUAUAAUAAUUUAACUAAAUAUACAACGGUAAUUACUGACUGAUAAAUAAAGUGAGCGACUUGUUUCACCUCACAGUCAGUAAUAUCGAAAUAGCAUGCCCAAAUUGCUCUGACUUUUAUUGUCUUUUCGCGACCACUGGUUUCAUCACUGAUUUUCAGUGAUCCAUAUAUAGAUAAUUGUCACCGCUAGUUUACCUUUUACGCCCAAGAGAAUCUGUUUCGGAGGGUAAUUCGGAGACAAGUCAUACUUUAUCGAUGACGCUUUGUAUACUAUUAUGUACAUAGUUUCCGAAUUCACAUAAAUUGAACAUUGUAAAUUAUUUCUACCUGAUGUCAUACGGUAUGAAAGCUAAAAAUAAAUACACAUAAACUAAUAA